AGAAAAAUGCCACGAAUGCAUUGUAUAAAUAAUAAGCAGCACAACAUGAAUAUAAAUUACAAUAACAAAAGCAGUAAUCAACGAAACGACAUAAGUAAGAGUAACCGUAAGAGUAAUAACCAUGAUAGUAACGGUAAUAAUGGUAGCUAUUGUCUUGGAGCAAGAGAUAGCAAGAAAAUGACAACAUUAUUAACAUCACCCAUCACAGUGACUAAAAACACAACAGCACUACCAACAGCACUACCAACAACAGCACUAAAAACAUCAACAGCAACAGCAAUAGCAACAGGAAGAGUUAUAAGACCGCCAACGAAAAUAGAACAAGUUCAAUUAUGUCAAAAUAAAAGAAGAAAAACUAGACGACGAGAAAUAGGAAGUGAGGCCGACGCAAAGGAACCAAAAUGUUUAUAUUCCAGGGAGAAAUAUACAGCAGCAGCAGCAGCAGCAAUAACAACAACAACAACAAUAGCGGCGACAUCGGCAACCAUGGUUGAAAGAAAAUUUAAAUCAGCGACAUUUCACUCCCAUUUAGCAGCCAUGGCAACACCUAGAAAAACUGCUAAAGGCUUAUCAUCUACACCGUGUACGUUUGUGUGGCGUCAUCGUCAUUGUUGGUUUAGUAUACGAUGGCCUCACACACUACAUAAGUCGUAUGCUGUGAUAUUUAUGGCUAUGCUGGUGUUUAGCAUAUGCCACAAGAGCGUAUUGAAUGCCAUGGCUGUACAAAUACCAAAAGGAAACUCAACGGAUGAAGUAGAUACUGGAAAAUCACCAAUUACCUUUACCGUUCAGUUAAAUGAAUACCCGCCCAACAAACAACACGAUGUGCACUCGCAACAGCAAGUGCAAAUGAAACCGCAAAUGGAAGGACAAUUACAAACGCCUUCGCAACUGUCGGAGAGCCACAACAAUGAGAUUUACCAAAAAGAAGAAGAAGAAGAGGAGACGAGACGCGAGACGGAAAUACCACAACAAGAAAAACAACAACAAAUGCAAUCAUUUUCAACGGAAUUUAUAUUCAACAGCGGAAUGUCACUCGGUACGAACAAUAAUCAUACUUUUCAAAGUCUCUCCAUCAUAGAUGGCGGCGGUUUAAUGGCCGACACAAGUCAAUCGUUGCUCAGUCAAAUGACCAGCUUCGAUAAUGAUGACUUUACAUAUCCGUUAACGAAAGAUGCAAUGCCAAUAUUUGACUUUGGUAUGCCGCGUAAUAUAACUGCACGCACUGGUCAUACGGAAGCUGUCAUUAGAUGUCGAGUCGAUAGACUUGAUGAUAAAUCGGUUUCCUGGAUACGAAAACGUGAUCUGCAUAUAUUAACUGUCGGUACGGCCACUUAUACAUCCGAUAAACGUUUUCAGGUGACAGAAUCAAAAGAUUCUCGAGAAUGGACAUUGCAUGUGAAAUCACCGCAGGCACGCGAUAGCGGAAUUUAUGAGUGCCAAGUGAAUACCGAACCAAAAAUCUCUAUGGCGUUUCAGUUAAAUGUUAUAGAAAUUUCUCCCGAUGCUAAAGCCGUAAUUACUGGGCCGGCGGAUUUGCAUUUCAAAGUGGGAAGUGCUAUAAUUUUAACUUGUAUUGUAUAUCAGCCAUCAGUUAAAGAUAUUGGUCCUAUAUAUUGGUAUCGCGGUGAAUAUAUGAUAACACCUUUCGACAUAAAUGAUUUGGAAAAUGAAAUUGCACAACCAACCUCACCAUCAAACAUAGGCCGCGCUAUAGAAGAUAAUGUGAAACCGGGAACACCUUCUCACGCAGCGCAUAAAACUGACUCAUUAGAAGGUUAUAGUGAAGGUGAACAACUGCCAAAUGAAAUUACUCAAGAUUUUACUCAACGUAUAGCUAUGGAAUCGCAAUUAGGCGAUACUAUGAAAUCCAGAUUACGUAUAUCGAACGCUCAGGCUUCAGAUACGGGCAACUACACUUGUCAACCCACCACAGCGAGUAGUGCCAGCGUAAUGGUUCAUGUUAUCAAUGAUGAGAAUCCAGCAGCUAUGCAAAAGAGUCGAGGUGAAGGACUCAAAUCGAUGACAAUGACAACCGCGAUUGUCAUCGGCCUUGCAAACGUUUCAUCUAAAUUACUGGUGCUGAUGUUAACAACGGCUUUCAGUUUCAAUACAUUGUUAAAGUUCCUUUGCCAUGAAAAUUAGAAAAUAGAAGAUAAAGAAACUAAAACAAAAACAAAUAUUAUGGUUUCAAGCAUAAAUACCAAUGUCAUCAACAUACCAACGCACCGUAGUAGUCAAUUUUGAGAAUGCGAUGCCAAACAAAGCAAUUGCUGUCGUGGUUAUCCAGCGCAUAUAUAGUGCGGCUGUUAUUGUAUGUCUAUAUGAAAGCUCUCUAUAUAAAUAAAAAGCACGAGUGUGAGUGCAUUCCAUGUAAGAAACAGAUAACAUGAAGUAUAUGCAACAGAGCAACAACACAUCAGUAACCUUUCUUCUCCGUUACAUUGUCAUUGUCAGAUUCAUUCAGAAGGAUGAACAGCAAAGAAAAAGGAAAAAAAAAAAAAAAAAAACGAAAACACUGCCUUUUGUUGUUGUAUUUAUAUAUGUAUGAUAUCGUUAGCUGUUACUUUAGUUAGCUGCAUUUUAAAAACAGUUUUCCCUUUCCCUUUCCGUUUUCAUUUUUUUUUUUUUUUUUUUUUUUUUUUUGUAAAUCUCUUACGCUACUGUUAACAGCUUCUACGCUGCUUAUCAUUUGCAGCUAAGAAGUCUCUCAUUAACAACAUCAUCCUUCAGAUGACAUGAAGUAGCGUAACAUAGUUCUGCAUUAAAUUUUAAAUAAGUUUUCGCUGCCGCAACGCCCGGCAAUUUCUUUGCCAACAAAGAGCAACAAAUUUAAGCAACAAUCUCUACUUUUACACGACUCUUAAAAAAAAAAAAAUAAAUAAAAAAAAUAAAAAAAUAAAAUAAAAAUAAAAAAAAAAGUACCAUAUUCCGCUUGAAAUGUUUCACUAAAAAAUUGGAAAAAAUACUUUGUUUACUUAAAAAGUAUUUCAAUGUAAAACUUUAAUAAUAUUAUUUUAGCCGAAACUUUAGUUCUUUUAUUCAAAUAUUCGUUAACGAUAAGGGAAUAAUUAUAUAUGGCUUGAGACGAAUUUUCUAAUCCCCUCUAUUUUUAUUAUUGUACCGAAUGCGGAUACUUAACAAAUAAUGUAGACUUAAGUUGCCUUAAGUAUAAGCUUUAAACACA